AUGAAAGAAUAUAAAAAAAAUCAUCAAACCAACAACAACAAAAGAGGCAAUAAUUAUAUUUUUUCAAAUUGGAAAGAUCAUCAUUUCUUUUUUCUAUUUAUUGCACUAUUCAUAGCAGGCAAUGUAGUCUAUUAUUUUUACUAUCAAUACGAUACACCUUAUACUAGAUCUAAAAAGGCAUAUGUACCUGCUGGCUAUGAAAAUGAUGACUUUUUCGCUGAUCAAAUCAAACAAGAACAAGAACAACAGCUAGAAACAGCUGCAGGUGAAAAGAAAUCGGUGCGAGACUCAAAGAAAGUGUUUCAACAACAGCAACUAGGUCACUUUAGAAGAAAACAACCAUCAACAACUGCUGAACAGUCAUUGCCAUUGGAUCAUCCAUUGUUGGUUAUUGUCACUACAAACAAACCACAACAUCUAGAUAGACUCUUACAGAAUCUACUAGACAAUGUCAUUGGACUAGAUAAGAGUCGCAUUGCAAUAUUCAACGAUGGACAUAUUUCAAUAGAUCCAAUACUAAAGAAACACAGUAUAGUUAAUCAUCAAUUGGCCGUCGAAUUGAAUGCUCAACACCACCCAUCAACAACACCAACAAAAGAAUCCCAACAGACCAACAUCUCACAUCAACAGAAAAUAACAAACCAAAACAAACAUUACAAACAAAUAUUUGACACUGUAUUCAAUAGUCACAAGUCUGCCAUAUUCCUUGAAGAUGACCUUUUAUUGUCGCCAGACUUUUUAUUGUAUAUGAAUAAAAUGUUGACCUACCUCGACCAAGACAACUCUUUGUUUUGUGUCUCUUCUUGGAACGAUAAUGCAUUUAGAUGGGCAUCUUAUCCACCAUCACUCUUUCAAGUCGGAGCAAAAGAUCAACAUGGUAAUGAUAUUACUCCUGCCGAUCUCAUCGCCAACAACAACAACAACAAUCAAAAUACAAAGAAUCAAGAUCUCUUAUUAUUGUCAAAACCAAAGAACCUUUAUUCCUUCAAGAGACAACAACACUUUGGUGGUCUGGGUUGGAUGACUACCAGUGAUAUCUAUCAAUCAAACAUUCUUCCGAAUUGGACCGACGACCAAUUACCUUGGGAUGUGAUUGUACAAAAUUCACUCGAUCCAAAUCACCAUGAAUGUAUCUUUCCAGAGAUUUCAAGAUCAUAUCAUGCUCCAAAUAUUAAAAUCAAUUUUAUCAAUUCUGAUAAAAUAGAAAUUGAUGAAUGGUCAUUUUUACAAUUUUCAAAAGAUAAUGAUAAUCAACAAAGAGAGGAAUAUGAAAAUUUAAAUUUGGAUUAUUUAAUUCAAUCAAAUUAUGAGGUUUGGAUGAACAAGGUGGUAGAGAAUACUCUAUUUGUAGAGUCAUUAGAGAUGAUAACAUUACUCGAAUCAAAUAGAGAGGAUGUAAAGGGAUGGGCAUACCUUGUAGAGUCUGUUGAAUCAAACCAAGAUCCACGAUGGGAUCACCUUAUCAGUACACAGUUUGGAAUGAUUGGAAGAGGUAAUGGUGGAACUGUCAGAGGUAUACAUAGAGGAAUCGUUCAACUAUGUUGGUUUGGAAAACCUCUCUAUUUGAUUGGUGCUUACUCUCCCUACUUGAACAAAGAUCUUCUAGACAGUCACACACUCUUGAUAAAAGAUAUUGACACAUCGAUUGUCGAAUUUGACAAAUCCAUCAAUAAUCUGCAGUCUCUGGUAAACCUAUUCAAACUAAAAAAUGAUGCAUCCGUCAUUGCUCAAGCUGCCAAAGCUUCAUUAUCUUGUCACACUGCCUGUCAGCAAGUUGGUAAAAUAUGUCAUGAAUCAGAUCAAGUACUAUUAGUCGACGUUGACACUACCAAAUACAUAUUUGAAACGCUAUGUGACAAGGUCACCGUCUUGCAAGACUAUAGCGGUCAAUUGCCACACAACAACUUUAAUUAUCUUCCGAUUCGUCAUCAAAAUUUUAGUUGUGUCAUUCCACCAACCUUCAAGUAUCUAAGUUGUAAUGCUACACCUCCCAGCGGAGGAACUUCAAGAUUAUGUGUUUGUAGAGAUCUCUAUUUAUCUUAA